AUGGGCGCUUGGGGAUAUGGUCUUCUGCAGUCUGACCAUGACUACGACUGCGCCGGCAACCUGUCCGACGAGGCCGGCAUUGAACUUUUCUACCCCGAAGACCCUGAAGCCACUCGCAAGAAACUCGACGACGGAACGCUCAGCCGCCUGUUCGACAACCAUGAGAACCGCACGUUCUCUCCGAAGUGCACGACGAUCAUCCUGGGUGUUCUAGCCAUGCAAGUCGGUGCCAAGAUCGAGGACAGACACCUCGACCUCCUCCGUUCGAUCUACAGGAGUGCGGGGCUCUAUGAAGAGGGUGAGCGGCAGAUGCGCAAGGCUCUUGAGCGCUACAAGAAUGAUGGGACGCCAUACUCCAUCGACAGCCCAGGCUUAGACCUUACGGUAGCGCUCAAGGGUCCUAUGGAACGGGGCGAGAUUCCUCGCUUGUGCACAAACUGCGACAAGUCCGAGACGGAGCUGGAACUCAAGCGCUGCGGGAAGUGCAAGGUUGUUCUUUACUGCUCCCCCGAGUGUCAGAAGGCGGACUGGAAGACUCACAAGCGGUUCUGUCGGCCGGCGCCAGACCCGCAGCCCGUGACGCAGAGCCCUUCUGGCAUUAUCGGACUGAAUGUCGACCCGUUCCACUCCUUGCGGGACUUUCGUUGA